AUGUCGGUAUCAUUGGAGACGCUGUUGAGAUUAGGAGCAGAAGCCAUGGCUCAUAAGGAGUAUGCGAAUGCGGUAGAGUUAUAUUCGGAGGCGUGUCAGGUGUCCAAUUUGGACACGUCGAAGGACGAUCCGGACUUGAUGUUCUUGUAUGCAAAGGCGCUCUUUGCGAAUGGAGUUGCUACGAACGACGUGUUUGGCAGUAAGGCGGGGGAAGGUUCUGGAGUUGGAGCUGAAGAAGGGGCUCGGUCUGGAGGAACUGUUGAGGAUGGGUGUGGCGGUGAGAAUUUGGAGCAAGAAGUAGAGGAAGAAUCUAGCGGGUUUCAAUUUAACGAUAGUGUUGCCAUUGAGGAAGAGGAUGAGGGAGAAGAAGAGGGGGACGAGGAUGAAAAGGAGAAUGAGGAAUCGAAGAAGUUGAAAGAGGAAUCGAAGAAGUUGAAAGAGGAAUCGAAGAAGUUGAAAGAGGAAUCGAAGAAGUUGAAAGAGGAAUCGAACAAGGGAACUAAGGAGACGGUAAAAGAGGAAGCGAGUAUGGACUGUCGGGAUGCUCCUACGGGUGACGACGAGACAGGAGAAGGUGGUGAAGAAGAGAGUUCUGAUGAAGAAGUGGAAGGUUCCAAUGAUGAAGAAGUGGAAGGUUCCAAUGGUCAAGAUCAGGGUAAAGAAGUUGCCCAAGGGGGAGAGGAAGAGGUGUCUGAUUUUGAGAUUGCAUGGGAUAUCCUUGAGCUUACACGGGUGUUGUACGAGAAACGGAUGGAGGAGCUCAAUGGGAGGGCCGAAGGCGAUGAGACCGUAGCUGAAGAGAAGAAGAAGGUCCAAGAGAGACUAGCCGAUGUGCAUCUACUUAUGGGAGACAUUGGUCUCGAGACGGAGAACUUUACGCAAGCAGUUGAAGAUUUUGGGAAUGCGGUGAAGGUGAUUAUGGAGACGCAUGGGCCCAAGGGAGGGAUGUACCGGGAGGCACAGUUCAAGCUUUCUCUUGCUUACGAGUUUGUUGGUGAUGAGGAAUCGAUUGAAGGGGCUGUUGAUGCCAUUGAGAAGGUUUUACAGGCAUUAGAUAGGGAGAGUUGUGUCGAUAUUGAGUUACGCAAGGACGUUGAGGAGCGGAUGAAGGAGUUACGGGAGAUGCAAGCACAGCGCCGGGAGGAGAAGGCCAUGCUCAAGCAAGUACUGUUUGGUGUUACCACCAGCGGUCAUGGAGGAGGCGAUGAGUGUAAUGGGAGAGAUGGAAAGAGAAUAGCAGCCAAUGACUUGACUGGACUGGUGAAACGUAAGAGGAAGGAGAAGAAGAACGCGUAA